AUGCCCCCCCACGAAGGACUCGUCCUCCCCAAAGAAUACGACAUCAAAGACAGCAAUGUGGAGCUGAUCGGCUCCGACCUCGACCACCGUGUGAAAUACAACUCCGCGGCAACCGAACCCGCCUGGAACAACGGCAAGAUCGGAACAGAACCCGGCCUCUUCAUCUGGCGAAUCGAAGAAUUCCAAGUCGUGCCGUGGCCCAAGGAAAAGACGGGCGAAUUCUUCGACGGUGACAGCUUCAUCGUGCUUCAUUCGUGGAAGGUCGGCGACAAUGACAAACUGGGACAUGAUAUCUUCUUCUGGCUAGGCAGCAAGACCACACAGGAUGAGGCCGGGACCGCUGCGUACAAGACCGUAGAGCUCGACGAGUUCCUGCAUGGCGCUGCAACCCAGCACCGGGAAGUUCAAGCGCAGCCCUCGGAUGAAUUCCUCUCGCUGUUCCGACACUAUUCGAUCCGCAAGGGUGGUGUGCGAUCUGGAUUUACUCAUGUGGAGCCCGAAGCUUCCAAGGAGGUCACCAUGCUCCUCCGCAUUUUCAAGCACCCCGGCGCUGGUCGCUCGAUUAUCGUGCACGAAGUGGAGCCGACAUGGGAGAGUCUCGACGAGAAUGACGUCUUCGUCCUUGACAAAGGAGAGAAGAUUUGGGUGUGGCAGGGCAAGAACUGCAGCCCCAUGGAGAAGGGCAAGGCUGCCCAGGUGGUGAAUGACAUGACAUUGGCCAAGCACAUCGACGUCGAAGUGCUGUCUCAGCUCGAAUCGCGAUCGAAGAUCGUAGUCGACCUUCUAGGUGGCAAGGAAGUCACCCAGUCCACCUUCCAGGCCCCGCGGCCGGGCCGAUUCCAGAAGCGCACAGCCGAGGAGACCCAGCCUUCCUCGCGCAAGCUCUUCCGACUUAGCGAUGCGUCGGGCCAGCUUACCUUCGAACUUGUCAGAGACGGGCAAAAGGUCCGCCGGACGGAUCUCGACGGCAACGAUGUCUUCCUUUAUGAUAUCGGCAGUAGACUCUGGGUCUGGCAGGGCCAAGGAGCGAGUGAGCGUGAGAAGGCCUUGUGGAUCAAGGUCGCUCAGGCGUACAUUCGUCGACUCCAGGAGACCCAGGAUGGCUCCGAUGCCCACUACACUCCGAUCGCCAAGGUUGUCGAAGGCUACGAAAGCCCCGCAUUCUUGAAGGAAAUUGAGGUCUAA